CGCAAGGCGCUGUUUACGCAUAUUUCCACCAUAUAAAACGUGCGAGGUGUGCUCUCGCAACAGUUUGUGACAGGUACCCGACGCAGGCGCACCCUCCACGAAAAUGCAUCUAUUGGCAGCAGCACUAGUGGCGCUUAUUGCGGCGGCGCACGCGCAGUUCCCCAACGGACGCAUCCUGGAGCCGCCCGUGCCCUCGCAGUGCGUGCAGCGCGUCAUCCACGAGCGAUAUGCUGACAACAAAGGUUAUUUCUUCUCUUGGAGAGAGCCAGCGCUGCGGGGCGUGGAAGAGGACUGGCUGAGCGCGCGCAACUACUGCCGCCAGCGGUGCAUGGACCUCGUGUCGCUGGAGACGAGCAACGAGAACGAGUGGGUCAAGGCCCGCAUAGUGCAGGACAAGGUCAAGUACAUCUGGACAUCGGGUCGCAUGUGUGACUUCAAAGGCUGCAACAGGCCCGAUUUGCUUCCUAACGAGGUGAACGGGUGGUUCUGGACCGCGGAGCUGCAGAAGCUGGCGCCCACCACCAACCGCCAGCAGAACGACUGGUCCGAGGGCGGCGGCAUCGGCAAGCCUCAACCCGACAACAGGGAGCUGAUCCAGGGCGGCGCGGCCGAGCACUGCGUCGCCAUCCUCAACAACUUCUACAACGACGGCGUGCACUGGCACGACGUGGCGUGCCACCAUCGCAAGCCCUUCGUCUGCGAGGAAAACGACGCACUGCUCAAAUACGUCCGCUACACCAACCCCAACCUCCGGGUCUAGCGAGCAUAAUCCCCCUUCUCCCCUUCCUCCUCAAAUCUCGACACUACUUUUCGGAUGAGAUAAAUUAUGAAACAAGAAAUCAAAGACACUAAUAAGCUAAGGUAGUCCUCAUAUUUCGACUGUGUCGAG